AUGUCAUCCUCGUCUCAAAAGAGCCGGUUUAAUGGCUUGGUCUCCUACGGCUACGAAAGUGAAACGACCUUGCUGCCUAUCGUCCCUAUGUUAAUGGAAGCUAAUGGCCGAACCUGGACCGGUUAUGGAUUGCUGGAUCCUGGAAGCCAAAUCUCAAUGAUAACCAACGCGCUUGCAAACGAAUUGGGACUUCAAGGCGAGAAGGGAAUUUCAAGAAUCGGAACGUAUCACGGCCGCGACCCAACCGCAAACACAACAAAGGUGUCUUUCAGAAUCUCUUCUUUGGACAAAAGCAGUUCCUUCGAAAUCCCGAACUGUUACUCCGUUCCCGUCUUAAGAAUCAGAAACGAAAACGUUGACCUAAGGAAGUUGGUUAAGGAUUGGCCUCAUCUAGCCGGAUUGAAAGUUCCCACCCAAAAUUCCGUGGACGUGAAUGUGUUGAUCGGCUCGUGUGAUAUGGCGCCGCAAGAGGUCCUGGAAAUCAAAAGAGAUCCGUUGAACGAGCGGGCCCCACGAGGACUACGAACAGCCUUUGGAUGGUGUAUAGCUGGACCGAUCUCUCCAGCCGCCGUUGCACAACUGCAGUGCAACUCGCUCUCAUUAGCGCCCCCACCCGACCAAGAUCUUGUGAAUGCAAUUGAUCGCUUUCUACUCACCGAGACUUACGAAGCCCGAGCAGGUGUCAAGGUGCCGAUUAGCGAUGAAGAAGUACACGCGAACAAGAUCCUAAACGAAACGAUGAAAUUCUUAGGCGAUCGAUACGAGUCGGGACUUCUCUGGAAAAACGAAGAGCCGAACCUGCCCGACAACAGCCACUCUACACCAGCGCGCUUCCUCAAGCUAGAACGAAGACUCAUCGCCGACGAAAACCUUGAUAAAAGGUACUCCGCAGCAAUCAACGAGUAUAUCAGCCUUGGUCACGCCAGAAAACUCUCACCAGAGGAGGUUAACUAUCGUCCAGCUGGCCGAACCUGGUUUCUGCCUCACCAUCCGGUGAUAAAUCCGAAGAAACCUUAA